GUCAUUUUCCUGACGGCCCCGUCAGGCCAACCCGAUUCCUCCGAACCCGAGUUCAGGGGCGGUCUGACCGACCCCUAGCAAACCAUGCCCUCCCGUGACGUCCCCCUCGCCUCACCCCAAGACGUACGCAGGCGGCCGGAGGGAGGCCUGGAGGGCGGGGGGAACGUCACGGAAGGGGCCGGCUAGGCCGCGCCCGACGAGAGCUACGCCUCCCCGAGCCAUUCAGGACGUGCAGGCUUCCUCCGCCCUGGUGCCGGUGCCGGGGGGCGAGCCGCAGGGGCGAGGGCACCCCGCUCCGGGCCCGGUGGUCGCGCGCGACACGCCUGCGGCAGCCACGGCGGGCUCUGUUGGCGGGCGGCCCCUGGCGCAUGGGAGGAGGUACAGGGUGUGGGGCAAGCCCGACCAGGCGGACAGGCAGCGCAUGGUUUCCCACGCCUGGCGGCAGCCCGAGGAGCUCGGCGCGUGGCGUGGCCGGGCUGCCGCAGCCCUGGCGCGGCUGGGCGCGCCGCCCCGCGGGCCCCCCCCCGACAGCUCGAGGAGCCGAAGGUGGCAUACUGUGGUGGAGACGAUCGAGGCCAUGAUCUCCGCCCGCCUGCAGGCCGACGGGCUGGAGCCGCCGCCGGCCGACCGCCACCCGGGCGACGGCGGGCCCUCGGCGGAGGCCCGCGGGCAGGCGAAGCGCCCCGCGGACGCGGCGCAGCCGCGGGAGGGCCCGCCGGAGGCCGAGGAGGCCGAGGAGGUGGCCCCGGUGAAGAACGUCUUCCAGGUGCGGCGGGAGAGGGCCGCCAAGGCCCGCAGGACCGAGUCUGGCCGCCUGGUGCUCGCCAGCGGGCGCCGCAGCUGGACGAACAACGGGGUGGUCCACCUGCUCCGGAGCGCCGUGGCCGGGGACCCCCACCGGCGCUGGACCCGCAAGGUGGUGGCCCGGCACACGGGCGUGUUCUUUCACGACGACGCCCCGGAGGUGUUCGGGCGAGUGGAAGACACCAGUGCCGUCCCAGCCAGCGUUCCGCGGGUCGGGGCCGAGGAGGCGAUAGUCACGGUGGCCGUCUGCAAUGCGUCGGGAUGCAAGGAGCAGGAGUUCGACGUGCUGGCCUCGCAGACGCUGUGCGAGCUCCGGGAUGCCUUCUAUUUUGUUUCGGACUGGAUGUUUGACGGGCCCACGCGGUUGGGAUCGUCAUGUUUCUUUAUUGAUGGUCUUUUUUACGUGGAUCGUCGAAAUCCAAAUCACGUGGAUUAUUCAGUGGAGAUCAUCGAGUGGCUGAAAGAGACAAGAGAUUCCAAUUUCCUGCGAUCUCAAACGGCUCUGUCCAUGGACGUGCGCCUAUGUGAUCUCGGACAUAUCCCAUUUGGCGAGGUCUGCGUCUACAUUCAUCAAGGUAAUAUAGAGCACAACAUUUAUUUCACUGGCACUAGGCUUGUGCAUCCCAGAGACGAUUGUCCAUUCUCCGAGGCUUACCCUUUGCUCACUUUCAUGCGGCGAUAUGUGAAGCGCCGGUGUUUUGCCUGCCUGCAGCACCUGGCCAUAUGGGUGGUCCUAGACUCCACCAGGUGCCCAUACAACCCGAGCUUCUGGUGCGCCCAGUGCUUCCGCAGGUUCUUCCAAGACGCAGAGGGGCAGUUCAUCCCGCCUGUCGAUUACCGAGUGUUCCCCUACCUUCACGACGAGUCCUGACGAAACUCAGCCCUCCCAGCUUCAGAGGCCCUCACAGCUGACUUCCUUCGGGCGAUGGGAAAGUGCGUAAUCCAUAGAAAGGUUUCAUGGACCUAACCAAUUUGGGCAAGAUCUUGCUGGAUAUCGGCUCCGGGCCAGAGCGAGGUGCAAAAUUUGAAUAACCUCACGCUUGUGCUGUUCCUUGUCAUCCUGCACCAGGACCCCAGUCCAAAGCGAGCCUGGUGGAGGCCACGUGGAGCGCUGAGGUCCGACGCCACAAACGAAGUGCGACAUCGUGCGCAAGACUUUCACCGCGGCCCUGGACCCCAUCUUUCUGCUGCAUUUUUCGGGCCGGAUCGAUCCGCGAGGGCCCCGCGGCCUGGAGCAAGGCCAAAUCACCCGCUGCGC